AUGGAGAUAGAGUUUGAAGAUGAAAUUGACUAUCCUAUUCCUGAAAGAGAUGACAGAGAGAUUGACGAUCUUUCAAAAAAAGAAAUAUGGUUCAACAGCUACUUUGUGUUUUUACACGGGCAUUUUGACAUCCCGUCAACGUCAAAUAUGAAACACGUGAGACUCGUCAAGACCACAUCAUCUGCCCUUGUUGCAACGCCAGCUGUUACCAACGCGUUACAGGAUCUUACAGAAGUGGAUGAAUCAUUACGAAACUGUGUAUUUUCACACGAGAGAUCACUGUCUCUAUUUGAGGUUUACACGCACAACAACUGUGUGUUUGAGUGUCAGAUAAACUGCUCUCUAACUCUCUGUGGAUGCAUUCCUUAUGGCACAGCUAUUUUUUACAGUUCUCUUCCUAUCUGCAGCAACAGAAAAUCACAUUCUUGUCAAAAAGAAAACCAAUUCUUAUUAACUCCUGAGUACAAAGACAAGAGGUGCAAGUGCAACUGUCCAAUGGAUUGUUUGUCUAUUUCGUACUCCUUUGGUGGAAAAAUUGAAUUAAAUGAAAAAUAUUCAAAGAGGAGAACCACUUCCCAAGUUAGCUACAAGGAAGACAGCGUUCUCUCUGUUAUACGCUACAGUGUGACGAGCCCAGCGGAGUUCGUAGCCUACAGUUUGGGUAUAUUGGGGGUGUUCAACGGGUUCACCAUAAAGUUGGUGUAUGACUUGUUUUACUGGCUCACUCUAGGUUUGUGGUCUACUAUAAGGAACAUGGCAUGGCACAGAGUGAAUAUUUAA